AUGAGAAUUCUUGAUGUACAUACAAAAGCGAUCUAAAGUGUAGUACAGAAAAUAUUGAUUUAUAAUUAUCUGUACAAAGAAAGAUAUCUUUGUUUAUACAACAUGACUGAUCAACGGGGGACUAGAGUUUAUGUCGGUAAUUUAACUGAUAAAGUUAAGAAGGACGACUUGGAAGGCGAAUUUACAAAGUAUGGAAAACUGAAUUCAGUAUGGAUUGCAUUCAAUCCGCCCGGAUUUGCGUUUGUUGAAUUCGAGCAUCGUGAUGAUGCCGAAAAAGCAUGCGACAUUUUAAAUGGUUCAGAACUGUUGGGCUCCCAAUUACGCGUGGAAAUUUCGAAGGGUCGACCUCGGCAAGGCAGGCGAGGUGGACCUGGCGACAGAGGACGCCGCAGCGAUGUCGGCAGACAUAGCAUAACAAACAGCAGUAGCAGCGGUGGAUUCAGACAACAGCGAGGCUCCAGUAGCUCCAGUAGUCGCAAUUUCGAUCGCAGUUACAGUUCCGGUCGCUCAAGCGCCGGCUAUGGCGGUGCCAGGGACGGAAGUACUAACGGAUUCAGUCGUCGCGAUGUCUAUAAUGGCGCAAGGGAAAGCAGCCGUUACGGUGGUGGAUCUAGUGGAUCCAGCUAUGGCCGGAAUGGUGGAGGACAAGGUGGAGGACGCUUCAGAUCUCGGUCACCAGUGGGCAACCAUCGAUUCUAAAACCCAACCUUUCAAUUUGCAGCUGUUAAUAGAACAAUAUUAAACGUCUGAUACGACCCAGCUACCAAAUGAAAUCAUUGCUAAUAUGUACAUACAUAUUUUAAAAACAAUUUUUAAGAUUUGGUUUAUAAUCAAUAAGGAAUGCAUUCUAUUAAAACUAACUUCUAUGCUAGGAGAUCAGCUUUUGGAAAAAUAUUCGAAUACUAUUUAUUUAACAUACAAAUUGCAUCAAAGUAAAUUUUUAUAUAUUCAAAUUUAAGAAUUAAAUUAGCCAACUAUAAAAAAAAAUAAUUAAGUUACAUAUACUUAACAAAGAAAAAACAAUAUGGAAUAAGUUUUUGAACGCCUAGAAUACGAAAAUCUAAUAAAGUCAAAUCCAUAUUUCAUACUUACGUACGCAGAGUAUAGUAUAUAGAACUUAUAUAUUUUUUUUUUCUAAUUAUCAUUCGUGCACAUAAAUUUAAAAUGAGAACUUAGAUUAUCUAAAGGAUUUAAUACCCUUGCAAACAUUUGCCUUGCGGUUCUGCAGUUAUGUGAGAAUAGUCUAGCUAUUAAAUAUAUAUAUAUAUAUAUAUAUAUAUGCAGCCUAGUAGGAUAGUUUAUCAGGUUUGAUCAAGAUAUAUUGGUAAACAAAACGUUUUUGAUAUAAGCAAUUAGCAGCAUUACUGUGUUCCGAUGUUCGAAUUUUUCAUAUAUGCAUAUAUAUAGGGGCAUAAUAAAACUAAUAAACU